CAAGUGACAGCACACAGAAAACUUUGAUAGCUACCAGCUAACUUUACUCCAUCGUCUGUUGGGGAAUGUUACUUUCUUGAAGUGGCGCGCAUCAGAAGUCCUCGAAAAGGAGGCCUUCUGACUCUUCUUUUGCAGGAUGGAUGGCCACGAAGAAGAAGAAGACGAUGGAGCUUUGUGCAAAUGGCCAAGUGUGCUGAACCAAUACAGCAAAAGUGAAUUCACCAUGCGGUUGCAAAAGUUUGUUGAGGAGAGGAUGCAGACCACAAUGCUCACAGGUGCUCUCAUUGGAGCGGCAGUUGCGGUCUCACUCAUUGGGAUCGUGGUUCUCUUCCUUUACCGGAGGUUUAAGCUUGCUCGAGAACAACAGCCUGGCGUUCCGCAGUAUCGCUUCAGAAAACGAGAUAAAGUGCUCUUCUAUGGAAGGAAGAUAAUGCGAAAGGUCCAGACACUCUCCUCCAUUCCUCCUCCCUCCUCACCCUCAGUAUCAAAGCAACCGCAGCGCAUUCGCAAAAGAACCAAAGUUCUAAGCAUAGCUCGCAAAAUUCUGAGGAUCCGUAAAGAUCCUCCCACACUGCAGCCAAAGGAACCCCCUCCCUCUCUGCUGGAGGCCGACCUAACAGAGUUUGACGUGCAGAGUUCAAACCUGCCAUCUGAGGUCCUCUACAUGCUGAAGAAUGUUAGGGUCUUGGGUCAUUUUGAGAAGCCCCUCUUCCUCGAGCUUUGUCGACACAUGGUGUUUAUCGAGCUGCAGGAGGGUGAAGGUCUUUUCAGACCAGGAGACGAUGAUGAUAGCAUCUAUGUAGUCCAGGAUGGAAGGCUAGAACUCUGCAUCCAGGAGAACGAUGGUACAGAACCAAUUGUAAAGGAUGUGCACCCAGGGGACAGUGUGCACAGCCUGCUCAGUAUUCUGGACAUCAUCACUGGUUAUCCAGCUCCAUACAAGACCGUCUCUGCACGGGCUGCAACUCGCUCCACCAUCUUACGUUUACCUGCAUCAGCCUUUGAGUCCGUGUUUAAGAAAUACCCAGAAACCCUUGUUCGCGUCAUUCAGAUAAUCAUGGUGCGCCUCCAAAGAGUCACCUUGUUAGCGUUACAUAACUAUCUGGGCCUCACAACUGAACUCUUCAAUCCGGAGAGUCAGGCGGUGCCCUUGUCCAACGUAAACAGCAUGGUAGCAGAGGCAAAUUCUGGGAAGACCCCCCGUCGUUUGCACUUUCAGGAUGAGUUACCUGCUGGAACCACAGAGAGCCCCACAGAGACAGAUGGUGGAAAGGACAGCCCUUCAAACAGCCACAGGAAGCUGCGAUCCACAUCGAUGCUCACCGACUGCGCAGGUAAUGACCUGAACAUGGCGUGUGAGCGAGCUCGAGUCACGAUAGAAGAGACUCCACCCAGUCCUGUCAUAACUCCCAAAUCGAGUCUGAAGAAGAGUGUGACAAUGCAGCACACGCCGUCUGAAGUGUUUCACUACACAGACAGUGGGGGGCACUCUGAUGCCAUCCACCUCAGUAAGAGCAGCACAAUCUUCCAGGCCGCCAAGAAGGACCUGCUGGGAAUCAUCCAGCUGCAGGACCCCGGUCUACUUGAGGGCAGAGUGACUCUCCAUCAAGUCAAAGCUGGUUCUGUGGUGGCUCGUCAAGGAGACCAGGAGGUGAGCAUCCAGUUUGUCAUUUCUGGCCUCCUCCAUGUUUACCAGCGGAUGAUCGACCGUGAAGAAGAGACACGUCUGUUCGUGACACACCCAGGAGAGCUUGUCGGUCAGCUCGCUGUCCUGACCGGAGAGCCGCUCAUAUUCACUGUUCGAGCCCAGCGAGACUGCAGCUUCCUCUCCAUUUCCAAGACCCACUUCUAUGAGAUAAUGCGAGUGGAGCCAAAGGUUGUGCUGAAUGUGGCUCAUACUGUGGUGAGGAGGAUGUCAUCUUUUGUCAGACAGAUAGACUUCGCUCUUGACUGGAUGGCUGUGGAAGCCGGUAGAGCAGUGUACAGGCAAGAAGAGAAAUCAGACAGUACUUUUAUAGUGCUGAGUGGCCGACUGCGCUCUGUCAUCCUGAAGGAGGACGGAAAGAAGGAGCUGAUAGGAGAGUACGGACGUGGGGACCUGAUUGGAGUGGUGGAGGCCCUCACCCAUCAGAACAGAGCCACCACAGUGCAUGCUGUACGAGACUCCGAGCUGGCGAAGUUACCAGAGGGAGCACUCAGCUCCAUCAAGAGGAAAUUCCCUCAGGUUGUCACCAGGUUGAUCCACUUAUUAGGACAGAAGAUCCUCCGGCAGGUGAACGGUCCUCUUACAGCUCGCAGUUUGGCACUCCACACCCCAGGCAGCAAGUGGGAUGCAGGAAACCAAGCGUCCAACCUCUCCACUGUGGCAGUCCUGCCUGUAUCAGAAGAUGUUCCUCUCACUGCCUUCACCCUGGAGCUGCAGCAUGCUCUUAUUGCAAUAGGUCCCACUCUUCUGCUGACCAGUGAUGUCAUCAAACAGCGGCUUGGAGCUGCAGCACUAGACAGUGUGCAUGAGUACCGUCUGUCCAGCUGGCUGGGCCAACAGGAAGACAUCCAUCGCAUUGUUCUUUACCAGACUGACUACACGCUGACCCCUUGGACACAGCGCUGCAUCCGUCAGGCUGAUUGCAUCAUCAUUGUGGGACUCGGAGAGCAGGACCCUGCUGUUGGGGAGCUGGAGCGUAUGUUAGAAGGAAGUGCAGUGCGGGCCCAGAAGCAGCUGGUGCUGUUGCACAGAGAAGACGGCCCCCCACCCAAAGGAACUGUAGACUGGUUGAACAUGCGGAGCUGGAUCUCUAGACACCUCCACCUCUCGUGUCCCCGAAGGGUCUUCUCCAAGAGGAGCCUGCCCAAACUGUUGGAGUUAUAUCAGCGUGUGUUCGAGAAGCCAGCAGACCGACACUCAGACUUCUCACGUCUGGCUCGAGUCCUCACAGGAAAUGUUAUUGCUCUUAUCCUGGGAGGGGGAGGGGCAAGGGGCUGUUCCCAGGUGGGGGUACUGCGAGCUUUGUGCGAGGCCGGCAUCCCAGUGGACCUCAUUGGUGGCGUCUCAAUCGGUUCCCUGAUGGGGGCCCUUUAUGCAGAAGAUCGUAGCCACAGUCGAAUGAGGAUGAGAGCCAGAGAAUGGGCAAUGGAAAUGACAUCGGUGUUCAAGAAGGUUCUGGAUUUGACGUACCCGGUCACCUCCAUGUUUUCAGGAGCUUCCUUUAACUCGAGCAUCAGCAAUGUCUUCAAGAGCAAACAGAUUGAGGACCUUUGGAUCCCGUAUUUCAAUAUUACAACUGACAUCACUGCCUCGGCCAUGAGGGUACACACUGAUGGUUCCCUGUGGCGUUAUGUCCGAGCCAGCAUGUCUCUCUCUGGGUACCUGCCUCCUCUCUGUGACCCCAAAGACGGACACCUGCUGAUGGAUGGAGGCUAUAUCAACAACCUGCCAGCUGAUGUAGCACGCUCCAUGGGGGCCAAAGUGGUGAUAGCUAUCGACGUGGGCAGCCGGGAUGAAACCAACCUCACUAAUUAUGGGGACUCACUCUCUGGCUGGUGGCUGCUAUGGAAACGCCUCAACCCCCUGGCUGAGAAAGUCAAGGUGUUAAACAUGGCAGAGAUUCAGACUCGGCUGGCUUACGUGUGCUGUGUGAGGCAGCUGGAGUCUGUGAAGAACAGCGACUACUGUGAAUACAUCAGACCUCCAAUCGACAGAUACAGGACACUGGAGUUUGGCAAGUUUGAUGAGAUUGCUGAGGUGGGAUACCAGCAUGGAAAGACUGUGUUUGACGUCUGGAUUCGCAGUGGAGUGGUGGAGAAAAUGUUGAAAGACAGACACCAGGAGGAGUUCCACAACACCCAAAGCAAGAACAAUGUGGUGACUUGUCCCAAUGCUUCCUUUACUGACCUGGCAGAAAUUGUGUCCCGCAUAGAGCCUGUAAAACCCGCUGUGGUGGAUGAAGAGUCAGACUACCACACUGACUAUGAGGAGGAGGCACUGGAGAGCGCUCUGUCUGACAUGGAGGUAUACAAUCAAUGCUACGGAGAGCACACUGAAGGGGAGGAGACCGCUGACACGGAUGAAGAGCUGGACGAUAGACAUGCACACCGCAUUGCCUCGCCCAACAGCAGCCACCCUCGGUCUUCCACCGUCUCUGCCAGUCCACUUCACAUGCCGUCAAACCAGGAAGUCCAUUCCAGACAGUCCACUAAGUGAAGAGCGGCCGGAUGAACUCUGCUCACACAGGUUGUCUCUAUUUAACCUGUCCGUCUCACAUUUCACCCUCCGGUCCGUCCCACAUGACUCUAAACCUGUCCCCUGACCCUGACACUGUCAGCACGACAGAUUAGCAUUUUGCCCUCUGUAACCUGGACUCGUUAGCUGUGUGUGACGUAACAACAAACAGUCUUUAAAAAAAACUCCAUACAGGGAGCUGGUAUGAAAUGUAUUCAUCUGUAAAUCCUAUGCACUCCUAUUAUGUAACAGAAGCUGAAAUCAUUUCUCAUAUUGAGAUAGCCAAAAUCACUUCAUGUAGCUUUUAUAGAAAUCACAACAGUCCAAAGACAGAUAGAAGGUAGAAGGGGUGAGGACAUAUUAUUUCCAUGAAAUAUUCAAUCCAUGUGUAAAGGUAACAAUGUAUGAAUCUUUGUGAAUUAUGUGGUAGGAAUAGAUUUGAGAGAGUUCUAGAGUUGAGUUUUUUCACACUUGACAUCUAUCGAGUCAUCAAGUCACGCAGAUUCCUGCCAAACGUCCAUCACAAUUAGAGCGAUAGAAAAAGAAACAAAUAUGUUUGCAGUUUUCUUUUUAAAUGUGGCUGAUGAAUCUACCACACUCAAGGUCAAAAGGUCAAGGUCAAAUCCCUCUGUAUUUUAAAAGGGGAACAACUUUCACUGAAGAAUCUCCAGAACACUGUUAAAAAAAAUAGAUCCAGUGCUGACUGUUUAUUGAGAUUUUCUCUGAUUAUUUUUUGUCGUUCUUCAUGAGAGACAAAGCUCAACGUUUAAAAAGUAGUUUUUGUCUGAGAAUGCUCUGUUUUUUUGGGAUGCUGCAUUAAUCCAGAGAAUUUGUGCCAAAUAAACCCACCCCUAUCCACAUGUCUUAUUAACACUAGAGGCAAGCAAGACAAAUACUCUCACUUUGUCAGACACAGAUGUGGAGUGCAUUCUAGUCCAAUGGAACAGCUUUGCCAGUAUACAGAGCAAAAUGUUUUUAGAGGCAGGGUGAGAAAUAUGUAAAUUAGAUAAGAUGAUUAUUACUGACGUCAGAGUGAAAUGCAGUACUGUACUGCGCUCCAUUUUGAGAUGUGUUUGUCUUACUUUUUACAUUUACACGUUGGGUAGCAGAGUUGGAGACAUCGCUCAACAACCACUUACUCACUAUGACCUUAAUGCUGACACAUAACUUUCAGCUAUAACCUCUCUGAGUGAUAAUAAACAGACUUAAAGGUAAAGCAUUUGUACCCAAGUGCAUUAGAAUGUAAACAUGUACAUUAUUAAGUGGACAGUGUUUACCUAUGGUAAGUAAAAAAAAUCUCCAAAUAAAUAUUCAGUUGAAACAGUUGUGUUAGGAUUGAUAGAAAAAGGAAAACUCUGAGCCUACUUUUAAAGGUUUUAAACACUGUCUUCACAAAGACUCCUACCAAUACGUGCUUUCCAAACAAACUCAUUUAAACUAUGAGAGUGAAAAAAAAGCAGCACUUUGAGGCUGUGGCUGUCAGCUCCGUUUUGUUGUACCCAGUGUGCCAUGCUGGGACAUAGAGGGGGAGUAAUGAUGGCAAUCCACUUCAAAGCACAGGCUUCCCUCUCAGCUGGCCAGUCAGGUCCCCCCCCCCCCCCAUCUGUUUCUGCCUUGAAUCUGUCAGACUCGGAGUGAGCAGCAGACAGUGAGGAUCUGUUUGCUGAACUCUGAAGCUCUACUUGUCUCAGUACAGUUCAUGCACAGGAGCCAGUUUUCACAGGAACAUGCUGUAACAAGUUAUUUGGCUGACAAGUUAAGAUGUGAUUGAGCGCCUUAGUUGGAUCAAAUUUUGACUUUUGAAACAGAAGAAGAAUCUGCUUUAUACAUAUAUAUUUGUUAAAGAAGUAAGUUAUGCUGGCCUUUAUUUAACUAAUUCAUCUAUACCACCUAAGCACUAGAAAGUUUGAAAAAAAAGUCAAAUCAGCUCGACAAUCAUUCCACAUAAGCAACACAAUGCACCGUUACACUCCAGAUCAACUUAAAGCCUCCUUUAACAUGCCUGUGUAUAAGACAAGAGUUCACAUGAUCUCUCAAAUAUGUCAACUAAAGGCACAACUCACAGUUGUUCUCAUGAUUUAAAAUGUGAUUAUUGUAAAUGUUAUUUUUAAUCAACAAAUUGAAUCUCUUGGUCUACUUAAUGUGAUGAACUGUUGCUUUUUCCUGGAAUCACUUCACAGUAAAAAAAAAAAAAAAGAAAACCUCCAAAGAGUUUUUGUUUACUGUGAAGUGAUUCCAGGAAAAAAGCAACAGACCUUCACAAUCGAGAAGCUAACCUUCAAUUCAUUUUUGCAGGUUGGUGCCUUAAACAACUAGAUGAGUUGAUUAUCAAUUAGCUUUUCGUUGACUGGCUUUUUGUUUCAGCGCUUAUUUACUGAACACGUAGCAUCACUAACAUUUUCCACAAGUAUCGACCAAGUCAACAAAGUUCAUUAUAGCUUAAUGCCUCUCAGCGCUGCAGUUUUGUGUUUCUUUCUGCCUGACACAAAUGUUAUAAUACAUGCAGGAGCUAAAAUCUGUGAACCAAUUUAUAAGUCAGGUUGUGAGCGGUAACUUUUUUUUAUAACUGUGUUCUCUUCCCACUUUGAUUUUGCACCAUGUGAAGCCUCCCUGUAUGAGCUGUGAUCUUAGCUCCUACUGGUGCUACAGUGCCUGCAGCCUUACAUAUGACAGUGGGAGGGAACCAUUGGGUUCCCAUAUGGUGUCGGUUAAACAGAAUCUGGAUGCAGAGUAUGAGAUGGCAGAAGUAGAAAAAGUUUGCCGUUUACCGAUGAGGUAAUGCUUUUUGCACUGUAUUUCAUUUUUCUUUCCUUUUUUUGAUUCUUUUGGGUUGUUUCCAGAAAGCGAGCACAAUGAAUUGAUGUUGUCUGGCAGAAGAAAUGUUUUAGCUCUUUAUUAAAUGGGACUUUGUAAUGGAUGAGGGGCUUAUGUAAUGUGUGGAACUGUGCCAGAGUUAAAGUAACCAAGCCUUAGAUGACGAGAUGGAAAAAACAACAACCACUUGUGCCCUGAUUUUGACGUACAUUUUGAUGAUUCAAAAAACAUUUAUGAAUUAAGUUUACCUAUAAGCCUGUACUGUAUGGUGUUUAUUACUUGUUCAUAUAUUUAUGUUAUUUGAUAAUGAUGUGUUUUAAGUAAUCAAUCCUUACUAAUAAACCACUUUUUGUUGUUGUA